AUGGGGGAGCUCGCGGCGACGACCUCGCCCCCGCCGCCCGCGUCCACCGCCGCCGCCGUGGUGCCGGUGGUCUUCGUCGACGGCGAGCAGAGCGUGGACCUGGGCACGGUCACCGUGCAGCCCUCGCUGGGCGGCGUGAAGCGGCUGCAGGCCGUGGUGGCGGACCGCGUGGGCCUGGCGCCGCACCAGAUCUCGGCGUCCCUGGCGCGGCCCCGCCGCGCGCGCCGCGUGCCGCUCGACGACGCCACCGACCUCGCCGCCGCCGUCGCGCGGGAGGGCAACGGCUGCUACGUCGUCGCGGGGCUCCGCCGCUCCCGCCGGGGCGGCCGGUCCCGCCGCGACAGGAAGGGAGGAGCCAACGGCGCCGAGGGCGCGGGUGCGGUGGAGAAGACCAUCCUGAAGCGCCUCCCGCCCACGGAUCUGGCGUCCCUGGUCGGCCCUCCCCCUCCGCUUUCCCUUGCCCUACCCCACGGCGGUGCCGCGGCCCCGCCGCUCGUGCUCGACGGGUGGGGCUACGACGACUACGAGGCGCGGCGGCGGGAGCUGCAGCGGCAGCGCGACUGGUACCUGGUGAGCACCGCCGGAGCGGGUCCGGACCCGUCCUACUUCCAUUUGGCGGCGGCGGCGGCGGGGCAUCCGGAGCACGAGGACCCGGCGGCGCUGUGGUCCCCGCGGCUUCGCCCGUCCCCUUGCCCCGAGUGCGAGGCGGCGGCGGCGGCCAUGCGGCAGCCGGCGUUCCACUGGUGCGUGCGCGACGCGGUGGUCUCCGCGGGGUUCCGCUCCCACGUGGGCCCCAUCGAGCGCCCGCCGAAGAAGACCCCGUCUCCUCCGCUGACUCUUCCGCCGCCGAGCCCCGGCCGCCUCCCGGGCCUCCUCGGCAUGCCCGUCUACUGA